AAUUAUUACUUUUCUUGUAUUUUAAUGUAUAUUAUUAAUUUUUAGUAGUUAAAAGUUAGGCAAUCAACUACUAAGUACCGGCACCUAAUCACUGAGUACCGGCAUCUAUUUUUUUACAAAAAAAAAGCACUGAUUGAAGGUAUGUUUUCAUUAUGUUGCAGCCCAUAAGAAACGGACCUCAAAUGUUAAAAAGAAUGUUUGGAAAAAAUUAUGUGGUGAUUUUUUUUACAGUAGUUCAAGUUUUACUUCAUGCAGGAAUUUAAAAAAAAACUAUCGCAUCAUUUGUAACAAAGUUCCAUCGCCAAAUUUAUGCAAUUGUUGAGUUUCUCUUGUGCAAACCUCUUGAAACGACUACUAUGGCAUGAGAAAGUUGGUUCCUUUUUGGAAAAGUAUCACAUCUCUUGGGAAACAAAAAUGGUGUCUGCACAGAUGAUGCAAAUAUGUUAGUCUUGAUCUCAACCUUUGGUACAAAAUGAACGAUCAAAAGCCAUCGGAAUUCACUAUUUGAUUCAUCGACAUUUAUAAGUAAUGAAAGUACUGCCUCAAGAAUGACAAGAAUCUUUAGAAAAAAGUCACAACAAGAUGAAAUGCAAUAUGCCUCGAUUGGUCAAAAAUAAUUUUUUUUAAAUCCGAUCCCUCGAAAUGUAACUUCUGCUUUGGCAAACAAAUUUGGAGAAAAAUAAUGUUUACAUGUUUGCAACCUUAUCUACUUUAUAUGAGGAAAUGUUAUUGAACCUGAAAUUUCUGUCGUGUUCUUUCCAAAUCCACCCAACAUACAGUUCGCAUUUCCCAGAAGUACAUUCAGAGUCAAAGUUUAACAUUUUUCCAGAGACAUCACAGUCUUUAUUGAAUUCAUUAAUAGUGAUACAGCAAAAAUGAUAUUUCUUCUAUAUCAUUGACCCAAUUGUGGAUCAAGUUUUUGAAGUCGUAUCUCAUUAUGUAGGCCUACGUCUUGCCCCUAUUCUUCUAUUUUCAUUAACAUUAUUUUGCAAAACAUGGCUUUCUAGAAGUAGACUUGAUGCAAAAGAUGACAUUGGUUGUGUUUUUCUCUGCCCUGAUAAUCCCUGAUCUUGUGAAAUAGAAACAAGCUAAACCUUCAUACUGUUUGCAUAAGCUGUUUUUUGCCAAUGUAGUUUACCGUUGUAGUGACAAUCUUCUAUGCUCUGCCAUGUUUUUUAAAUUGUCACAUAAGCAUGCAACAUAAAAUAAGAUGAAUAUGUAAUAGACAAUUCAAGGAAUGUAAGUUAAAAUGGGGCUAGUCGAGUUGAAUUAUGUGCAAAUUUAAUGGAAGGGGGGACAACACCAAGCAUUGGAUUGUUGAAGGUUAUCAAAAGUCAAAUUACAAUCCCUGUCUUUGUUAUGAUCAGAUCAAGGGGAGGUGACUUUUGCUACAAUGACCUCGAGAUGGAGGUUAUGAAAGAAGAUUUGCUGGCCCUUAAGAGAGCAGGCGCUGAUGGAUUUGUGUUUGGAGUUCUAACUCAGGAUGGAGAGGUCAAUGCAGCUGCAUGCCAGAGUCUACUGGACAUUGCUCGGCCAUGUCCAGUAACAUUCCAUAGAGCUAUAGAUAUGGCUCGAGACAUCUAUCUCUCAUUAACAACUGUGAUCAAUUUGGGUUUUGAUAGAGUAUUGUCAAGUGGUGGAUACAAUUCUGCACUUGAGGGUUGUAACAUUUUACAGGCUAUGGUUCAACAGACUCAAGGUGUGAAAACUAUUGUUGUACCAGGUGGAGGAAUAAAGAUAGAUAACUUGGAACAGAUUUUGUUAAAAUCCCAAGCGAAAGAGUUCCAUGGGUCUGCAAGAAGAGUUAUUGAUUCAGUUAUGAAAUUUAGAAAGUGUAAUUUAACAAUGGGAUCACAACCAGAUAUUGAAUUUAUCACUAAAGUGACCAGUACUGAAGAUGUUAGCAAAAUGCUCUCCAUAUAUAAUUCUUUAUAUGCCAAUUAAAGAACAUUAUAAAUUAAAUAAGGUGUAACUGCAUUGUAACAUUUAUCAAAAAGUGACCAGUUCUAAAGAUGUAGUAUAAUGGUCUCAAUAUAAUAAUAAAAGAAUAAUAUAAAUGAAAUAA